CAUCUAUCAACAAAAGCUCUUGUUAUCCUAAUUUCUCAAUCAUAAUUCUAAAUCUACAAUAUUUCUCUACAAAAGUAAUAACUUUCCUAAAAUAAAAGGUUUUAGAAAACUUAUUUAAAAGAUGCAACCUAUUGCUCAAAAAUUCUAAAAAAAUGUUCAUCUAUCAACAAAACCCCUUAUUAUCUUAAUUUUUCAAUUUCAAAUCUACAAUAAUUCUCCACAAAGGCAAUAACUUUCCUAAAAUAACAGUUUUUAAAAAAAAAAAUAUUUAAAAGAUGCAACCUAUUGCUCAAAAAUUUCUAAAAUAAUAUUCAUCUAUCAACAAAAACUCUUGUUAUCCUAAUUUCUCAAUCACAAUUUCAAAUCUACAAUAUUUCUCUACAAAACUGAUGACAUUUCCAAAAUAGCAGUUUAUAUAAAACUUAUUUAAAAAUGCAACUUAUUGCUCAAAAAUUCUAAAAGAAUGUCCUUCUAUCAACAAAAACUAUUGUUGUCCUAAUUUUUAAAUCAAAAUUUCAAAUUUAUAAUAUUUCUCUACAAAAAUGAUAACUUUACUAAAAUAACCAUUUCAGGAAUAUUUAUUUAAAAAUAGAACCUAUUGAUCAAAAAUUCUAAAAGAAUACCUAUCUAUCAACAAAAGGUCUUGUUAUCCGAAUUUCUCAAUCACAAUCUCAAAUCUACAAUAUUUCUCUACAAAAAAUGAUAAUUUUCCUAAAAGAGCAGUUUUUAGAAAACUUAUUUAAAAGAUGAUACAUAUUGCUCAAAAAUUCUAAAAGAAUGAUGACUUUCCCAAAAUAGUUUUCUACAAAAAUGAUGACUUUCCCAAAAUAGCAGUUUCUAUAAAACUUAUUUAAAAAUUGCAACCUAUUGCUAUAAAAUUUUAAAAUAAUGUUCAUCUAUCAACAAAAACUCUUGUUAUCCUAAUUUCUCAAUCACAAUCUCAAAUCUACAAUAUUUCUCUACAAAAAUGGUUACUUUCCCAAAAUAGCAAUUUCAGGAAUAUUUAUUUAAAAAUAGAAUCUAUUGAUCAAAAAUUCUAAAAGAAUGUCUAUCUGUCAACAAAAUCUCUUGUUAUUAUAAUUUCUCAAUCACAAUCACAAAUCUACAAUAUUUCUUUACAAAAGUAAUAACUUUUCUAAAAUAGCAGUUUUUAGAAAACUUAUUUAAAAGAUGAUACCUAUUUCUUAAAUUUUUUAAAAGAAUGUCAAUCAGAUCAACAAAAACUCUUGUUAUCAUAAGAUAGAUGUCUAAAUAUAGAAACAGAUAAUGACAUAUCCACGAAAGUUCUUUGGGAAAAAAAAGAAACAGAAAGCUCCCACGUCAGGACACCUAUGUUGAUCACUGGAAAUUUAGAAAGUGAAAACGCGCUUCGAGUCAAACGACUAUUAAUUACCCACACAGCGUAGACAUAGUCUUGUAUAAAACUCAUUUGUUCAUCUGCCAAGACGUUAUAACAAACCAGAAACAAAACAAAAAAAAACGUAAUACUUCUCUUUAUACAAGGAUCUCAAGAUCAAAGAUGAUGAUGGGAAAAGGGACCUUUUCGAUGUUCAAGACGAGGAAGGAAAGGACGAGAUUGAAAUUUUUGAGACUUGGAGGACUAAAAUGGAAGAGACUGAAUCUGAAGAUGUCGAUUUUCGAAACUUUGAAAUACAGAAUCAUGUCUAUCAUUGAAGCAAUGGUUUUGGUUUCUAAGCUUGGUUUCUUCUUUCUUUGUUGCGGUUGCAGAUUCUAACACCUUGUUUUUGUGAUCAAUUCUGUAUUUUUCCCUUUUUUGUAUUCUUAGAUUAUAUAUGUUAAAUUUUGAUUCUAUUUUUUCAAUUCUAUACCGAUAUUUUUCUUAUUCGCUUCUGCUUUUAUACAUUUUAAGCUAUAAUGAAUGUGUUUGCCAUAAAUAUGUGUAGAGUAGAAGUAUAACGUAAGCAAUCCAUAAGGUUCAUAAUUACUCACCUAAAUUAUGGAAAAUUAGUUUGGGAUUCCAAUCGAAUUUAUGUUAAUAGUCAGACUAGAUUAAAGUUAUAGUUUCCAACCAAAUCAAAUCUCAGUAAUGAUAUGUUCAUGUGUAAUAAAAUAAAAGGGUCAAAAGUCUUUUUUUUUUGCAGCAGUUUAUAUUUAAAAACUGAGUACUUUUUUUUUGAAACACACUAACAGAGUAUAUGCAAGGGAAAUUGCAACCUAUACGAACAUAUGUUGAAUUAGGCCAAAAAAAACAAUGUAGAGUGGUGUUUGGUAGGUUUUGACAAUUAUUUUAUCUAUUCUCUAGAACGUCCAUAUAUCUAUAUGAUCUCGAGGACUCUCAUAUAUGCACAAGGUUCUCUGUCAGAUCUAAUUGAACAAACACAAUGUUAGAUUAUUAUUUUUUGUAAUGGAAAGUCAAACAAUAGGAUGAUACACAAUGUUUUGACAUUUUUUUAUUUUUAACGAUCAUUUUGAGCUAAGCCUAUUUUGAGCAUUCAACGAGUGUUCUUGAACAUCCGUCUUUCCCGGUCUCCGUUUGCCGAUUCCACCAUGUCUUACUGGUCUCCGAUCGCCAUGUCCAUCAGAGAUGAUGGAGAACAUAUGUUUCUUCUUGUCUUCUUUUACCGAUUCUUGCCUUCUCCACUAAUUGCAUACACAUCUCCGGCGAUGCACAUCUUCUCGAGACUGUAUCUUUUCAAAGAAAGAAUACCAACACAUGCAAUCGUUGAUGUCCUCGUUAUCCUUGAAGAAAAUUGGUUUACUCAUGUCUCAGAUGCUUGUGAUUUAAGCUCUAAUUUAGAAAACUACUCUCAGACUAAUUCCUGUAAGCAAUUUUAUUCAAGUUUGAUGAAAGUUUUUGAAUUGAGAUAGAGAAAUUCCUUAAUGUCGAAGAUUCAUUUCUCGUGUCGCAUAAGACACAUAUAGCAUCAAAGUGUACUUAUUUUUUUGGUCGCACAUCCAUUAUGAACUUUAUAAUCAA